GGGGAGGUGCGGAGCGCGGCGAGGGCGGCUGCAGGAGUCAGUCGCCGCCCCUGCGCUCCGGGGCUGCGGGGCGCAUGGGGCGCGGGGAGCUGAGAACCUUUGCGGGCUGCGCGCCCGGCCGCCUGCUGCGGUGAGACGCGGCACCGGACGCCCCCAGAUCCCGGGCAGUCGGGAGGAUGACCAUGGCUGGGGGCCGGCGGGGACUGGUGGCCCCGCAGAACACGUUUCUGGAGAACAUCGUGCGGCGGUCCAACGAUACGAAUUUUGUGUUGGGGAACGCCCAGAUAGUGGACUGGCCCAUCGUGUACAGCAAUGAUGGAUUCUGCAAACUGUCUGGCUACCACCGGGCAGAGGUGAUGCAGAAAAGCAGCGCCUGCAGUUUUAUGUAUGGAGAGCUGACCGAUAAGGACACGAUUGAAAAGGUGCGCCAGACCUUUGAGAACUACGAGAUGAAUUCCUUUGAAAUCCUGAUGUACAAGAAGAACAGGACACCCGUGUGGUUUUUUGUGAAGAUUGCCCCGAUCCGGAACGAACAGGAUAAAGUGGUUCUGUUCCUUUGCACAUUCAGCGACAUAACGGCCUUCAAGCAGCCGAUCGAGGACGACUCAUGCAAAGGUUGGGGGAAGUUUGCUCGGCUGACCAGAGCUCUGACGAGCAGCAGGGGUGUCCUGCAGCAGCUGGCUCCCAGUGUACAGAAGGGCGAGAAUGUCCACAAGCACUCGCGCCUGGCAGAGGUCCUGCAACUGGGCUCAGACAUCCUUCCCCAGUACAAGCAGGAGGCGCCAAAGACACCCCCCCACAUCAUCUUACACUACUGUGUCUUUAAGACCACGUGGGAUUGGAUCAUCUUGAUCUUGACCUUCUACACAGCCAUCCUGGUCCCUUACAACGUCUCCUUUAAAACCAGGCAGAAUAACGUGGCCUGGCUGGUGGUGGACAGCAUCGUGGACGUCAUCUUUUUAGUGGACAUUGUUCUGAAUUUUCACACCACCUUUGUCGGGCCAGCGGGGGAGGUGAUCUCUGACCCCAAACUUAUCCGCAUGAACUACCUGAAGACAUGGUUUGUGAUCGACCUCCUGUCCUGUUUGCCAUACGACGUCAUCAACGCUUUUGAGAACGUGGAUGAGGUUAGUGCCUUUAUGGGUGACCCAGGGAAGAUUGGUUUUGCUGAUGAGAUCCCGCCACCACUGGAGGGGAGAGAGAGCCAGGGCAUCAGCAGCCUGUUCAGUUCUCUGAAAGUUGUGCGGCUGCUCCGUCUUGGGCGAGUGGCCCGCAAGCUGGACCACUACAUCGAGUAUGGAGCUGCAGUUCUGGUCUUGCUGGUGUGCGUGUUUGGGCUGGCUGCCCACUGGAUGGCCUGCAUCUGGUACAGCAUCGGGGACUACGAAAUCUUUGACGAGGACACCAAGACGAUCCGCAACAACAGCUGGCUCUACCAGCUGGCGAUGGACAUUGGCACUCCAUACCAGUUUAAUGGGUCCGGCUCGGGGAAGUGGGAAGGCGGGCCCAGCAAGAACUCUGUCUACAUCUCCUCGCUAUACUUCACCAUGACCAGCCUCACCAGCGUGGGCUUCGGGAACAUUGCCCCAUCCACAGACAUUGAGAAGAUCUUCGCGGUGGCCAUCAUGAUGAUUGGCUCUCUCCUGUAUGCCACCAUCUUUGGGAAUGUGACAACCAUUUUCCAGCAGAUGUACGCCAACACCAACAGGUAUCAUGAGAUGCUCAACAGCGUCCGGGAUUUCCUGAAGCUCUACCAGGUGCCCAAAGGGCUGAGCGAGCGGGUCAUGGACUACAUUGUAUCCACCUGGUCCAUGUCCCGAGGAAUUGACACAGAGAAGGUCCUGCAGAUCUGCCCCAAGGACAUGAGAGCUGACAUUUGCGUGCACCUGAACCGCAAAGUGUUCAAGGAGCACCCCGCCUUCCGGCUGGCCAGCGAUGGCUGCCUGCGGGCGUUGGCCAUGGAGUUCCAGACAGUGCACUGUGCCCCGGGGGACCUCAUCUACCACGCCGGGGAGAGUGUGGACAGCCUCUGCUUCGUGGUCUCAGGCUCCCUGGAGGUGAUCCAGGAUGAUGAGGUGGUGGCCAUCCUAGGGAAAGGAGACGUGUUUGGAGAUGUGUUCUGGAAGGAAGCCACGCUUGCGCAGUCCUGUGCUAAUGUCAGGGCCCUGACCUACUGCGAUCUGCAUGUGAUCAAGAGGGACGCCCUCCAGAAGGUGCUGGAGUUCUACACGGCCUUCUCGCACUCCUUCUCCCGGAACCUGAUCCUCACCUACAACCUGAGGAAGCGGAUCGUGUUCCGGAAGAUCAGCGACGUGAAGCGGGAAGAGGAGGAGCGGAUGAAGAGGAAGAAUGAGGCGCCCCUCAUCCUGCCUCCCGACCACCCUGUCAGGAGGCUCUUUCAAAGGUUCCGCCAGCAGAAAGAGGCCAGGCUGGCAGCAGAGCGAGGGGGCCGGGACCCGGAAGACCUGGAUGUGGAGAAGGGCAACGCCCUCGCGGACCACACCUCAGCCAACCAUAGCCUGGUGAAGGCCAGCGUGGUCACGGUGCGCGAGAGCCCUGCCACGCCCGUGUCCUUCCAGGCGGCCUCCACCUCCACGGUUUCAGACCACGCCAGGCUGCACGCGCCAGGGUCUGAGUGCCUAGGUCCCAAGGCAGGCAGCAGCGGUGAUUGCGCCAAGCGCAAAGGCUGGGCCCGCUUCAAAGAUGCUUGCGGAAAGGGUGAGGACUGGAACAAGGUAUCCAAGGCAGAGUCCAUGGAGACGCUGCCCGAGAGGACAAAGGCGGCAGGGGAGGCCACCCUGAAGAAGACGGACUCCUGUGACAGCGGCAUCACCAAGAGCGACCUGCGCCUGGACAAUGUGGGUGAGGCUAGGAGUCCCCAGGACCGGAGCCCCAUCUUGGCCGAGGUCAAGCACUCUUUCUACCCCAUCCCCGAGCAGACGCUGCAGGCCACGGUUCUGGAGGUAAAGCAUGAGCUAAAGGAGGACAUCAAGGCCCUGAACGCCAAGAUGACCGCCAUCGAGAAGCAACUUUCUGAGAUACUCAGGAUGCUCAUGUCCAGAGGGCCCGCCCAGUCUCCUCAGGAGACACGUGAGAUCUCCAGGCCCCAGUCCCCAGAGUCCGACAGAGACAUUUUUGGAGCAAGCUGAGAGGGUCAUUUCAAAACAAACAAAAGUCAUAAGACAAAAGCCUGCCCCCUUGCCCUCAACACCCCUCACCAACCACACCGCCCACAUGACCAACAGUGUCCAAAGCAAGCCUUUCCUGACAGGAAAUCAAAGUGGGACCAAGGGGGCAUUGGUGUGGCUGCGUGGUCUCUGGAAAAUGUAAGCAGGAACACUGUCAGGUGCCCACCCUGCAAGACGGCAGCUUCGUCUCAACAACCACUGAGAGUCAGGGAGGAAGGGGAACGCCAUCUGUCUAGAGAGCAAUUCCUUUCAAAUGUUUUACUGAUGUGAUAUUCAUGAAAGACUAAAACUACCAGAAAAGGGGCAGCAGCCACGUAGAGACUGACAGGAGAGUCCCAGGAACCUCUCAAGGAUAGACCACAUUGGGCCGCUUUACCAAGCUCCCUCGAAGUCCAGGACAGGCACUGGGACUUCUGGGCACUCUCCACCCCUGUGUGCCCACGUCCGACAUCACCACCAGUUUUUCUACUCUUGUCAUCUGUAACAAGCGCUCAGUAAGGGAAGCUUGAUGGACAGAAGAGCCUUCCCACUCUGGUGACAGGUGUUACGCCACAGACACACAGGCUAGGCUCCUCAGGUCUCCUUGCCCUGAAGGGAUGAGGCCAGGGUAAGCCGAGAGGGCCCUAGGCUCUGAGCAGGCUCUGUUGUGUGGUCCACAGCCUGCCCUGUGGGACGGCUGACAAUGUGAAAGCUCCCAGACCCAGGUGACCGUCUGGCGCUGCAGCACGCUACAGGCCUCACAGCGUGGGAUGCUCCCCUGCUUCUCCCUCGUCCUCUUCCCAAGUUUGCCCACGGCUUUCCUCAGGGUGUGGGGCACCAAAAGGAAGGGGCGGGAGGCCAGCGUUGCUUUCCUAACAAACAAAGCAGACACACACACACACACAACCUCAAAGAAAUGAUUGUAGCAAGUACUAGGUUUUUAUUUUGAUUCUCAUGGGAUUUUUGCCCAGUGAGUGGGGGUCAUUAAAGGUCACAUGGGAGCCACACUUAGCCUUAUUUGAAAGCCAACCUAUUUCCUCCUCUAAAAGUUAUGGCAGGGCCAUGAUUGUUCUCUCUUAGGGAGCUGGAGAAAGAGAAUGACACACUGGUUUCCAAAAUGUCUCCGUGAUAAGCUGGGGGAUGUUGACAGUGGGACAGUGGUCUCGGGAAAGGUUGGGGCUCAGAGCCAUGGUCACAGGGCCAUGUCUGUAGCCUCCAGGAUCCCACAUCGUGAUGCUCAGGGACACUUGCUGCCUCAGUCACUCGAGGUCAGGUUGCUUGGUCUUUCCUUGAUGGCGUUGGACAGGACACAGGACAAAGGCGCUAGUUCAGGCGCAUACCUGGAGAACUGUAAGGGACUUAACUCUGCCAGGGGAGCCUGGAAGCUCAGCUCUGCAGCCAGUGAGAUUUGAAAGAGCAGUUAGGGGAGUGAGUGACAUGGGUUCCUCUGCCUAGUGUUGCUUUACUGUCGCAAUUCAAAAUGUCAGUCAGCCUGUCUAGGGAACGUGACAUUCGAGACCUGCCCUACCAAAGAUGCUUAGUGUUCUGCUUGGAGGCCACAGCACAUGCUGGGACUUUGACGCAUGGCUGUUUGUACAGAAUGGAUGACCUGGGAGAUCAAGGGUGUGCACACAUGUAGCUUUUAACACAAUGCGUAAGGGCUGGAUCCUGGAACCCCUAGACUAAGACAAUAGUAUGUUCAGUGUCAGGUGGCAGCACUCAGAGAUCCCCACUGGUGGCUCUGGGUAAAGUGAGACCUACAGUCUCCUGAGCUGCUGCUAGCUACCCCUUGGAACAGACUGAAAUACUGGAGUCAUGUAUGCCAGCUGCCCCCUGAAUAUCCAACAGGGCCACUCCUCACACACACUCAUUAGCCUGGUUUUAAAGUUUAGGAGCAUUAAGGUUGGGGUAGGAUGGACCCCAUGGUCAUGCAGCACUCAGCCUCGGAUGCACCUGCUCCUAGAGGUCCUUCUGGAACUCUCUGGGACUUAGUGGGCCCUCCAGCAUCUAGCCAGCCAGUGGGCAGAGGUCCUGCUGCUCCUUGACAGAUCUUUCUGAUGGGGUGAGUUCAUCUCCUUAAGAUGUGUAGCUCCCUGGAUCUGGGUGACCCAGAUGGUGGAGCUGCUGGAGAGCCCACCCCUGUGUCAGGAGACAGAUAAAGCUUCGGGCUGCACUCUGGGGUCAGUGCACAUUGGGCUGAAGUCCUGUUAGACUGAGGUCUACACUCUGCAAGGGGUGCCUCUACUCAUCUUGGGGUUCUAGGAGUUCAGGGCCUAAGAAUUCCUGGAGGUGAGAGUGAAGGACACGUGGUUCUCAUUUUUCUUCACUUCUACAGCAUUUUCGCUAUGGUUGCCGUCUCUGAAAUAAAUUUUAAAUGAGCCAACCCAUCUCUCUCUACUUUCACGGCAUGCACUGGCCCAGAGGCCUUUUUGUGCCAACUUACACCUUUACGAGGACACAUCUUGUGUCUUGAGCAAGGACCACAAGAUUCAGAUACCAGUGGCCUGUACCUUCCUAUCUUAAGCAUCAUCUUGUAUGGGAAGGGAGACUGGGGACAAAAAGAGUUAUUGGGUAUCAGAGUGAACAGUGAGAGUUCAGAAAACAAUUAUGCAGAGAGACACAUUGUCCUUUUGGAGAGGACAAAGCACGUGAUGUGGUAUGUCCCUGUCCGGUAAGUGCUGGCCACUUGGUCUCUGUAGAUGAGCUACUGUGAAUGCCAUCCACAGUGAAACCCCAUUUCCCAGUGGCUAUCCUGACAGGCUAGUUUGAAGGGAGGCAGUCCUAUUUGGACUGAUGGGCCUGCUUUCUCCCUGAGGGCUUGCAAUAGUGUGGGCCAGGCCUCAGAACCAAAAUGGUAGAGUCAGUGUUCUGGUUUUGGUAGGCAUGCAGCCUCGUCAGCCAUGCCAUCCCAGAGGCAGCUGCAGCUUCCUCCACUAGGCACAUGACAGGCUUUGCAAUGCUCUGGUCUAGGCCCAGCUAACUCCACGAGUCCAGCCUUGCAACAGGCUUUCUUUUUUGUUUUUGGUGCUGAAGGUCAAAGUCAGGCACUUGUCCAUGUCAGGGAAGAGCUCUACCACUUAAUGAUACUUACGGCUCCGCAGCAACUAAUUUGUUACUUUGUUACGUUUGGAAACACAUUUGUCUCUUGUUAUCUGGUUCCGAGAGCCUGUGCUAGCCUCCACCUCUUGGAGCCUCUGCUACUUCCACAGUGGGGGCAGUUGGGCAAGAACUAGAAAUACCUUACCACCCAACGCACAGACUUCAGUUUCCAGAUCCUUAGGUGGAAGGAGAGAAUAUUAAGCCAAAUGCCAGGUGUGUCCAGGUUGGAAUAGGGACUGAAUGGACUCUUUAGAUAUACCAAUCAGAGGCAGAGCCUCCUCUCCUUGUCACACUGACAUCUUAUAGGUACACUCCAGGGUCUCUCAGGAGCCCUGGCGAAGGUACAAGUUGUAGAUGUACACGCAAUUAAGUUGUACUGUUUUGCAAUAAAGAUGUUUAGCCUUAAGACCCUUGAAUGGAACUCCAGCUGCAAUGGAGGUGCCAGUGCCCCUUCCUACCCCCUCUCCUGGCGUCGCUUAGAAAGGAGGCCUGCCUACGUUCCCUCAAGCCCUCCGGAGGCCUCUCCUAUCUAAAUGUCCCUGUCAUUGCUAAUGCUCCAUAUACUGCCUUCUUACUCGCUUCAGUAAAAACUGUCUUCACCAGCUCCCAUGCUCUCCACCUGGAGGAGUCUCCAGUGUCCCUGAGGCACUGGCCCUAAGCUCUCAAGAGGGACCCUUCCCACAAGGCAUCGGUGUUGAGUCACAUUCUGUGCCACCUCCCACAGCUCAGAGGAACCAAUGUGAGUUCACCUGCAGCUUGUCAGUCUCUAGUGAAACUUCACCAUUAAAGAUAACCUUGAAUUCCUGCCAGACCUGGCAGGGGUGGGGGAUGGGGUCCUCCACCUGCCACUCACCCUUCCUUAGAGCCACUGACUCUUUCUCUGUGACUUCCCAGUCAUCCAACUGACCCAUUGGUCCUUGAGAAGUUUGCAGCUCUCCUAUCAGAAGACAGACUGCGUUUAUGGUAGGAACCCAACAUCCCUCACGAAUGUAGCCUCUUAAUAUUCAGACGCAGUGUUUGCGCAUCAGUUGGAGACUGUCCACAUUGCAAGGACAUUUAUAUCCACGAGCAGUUUCGUCAUUCUGGGGGCUUCUCAUACGAGCACCUCGCCAUCAGAUCCUGCCAAAUCCUUUAUCGGGCUUUUCGUUUCUUUUUUCCUUCUGUCCGAAUGAGCAUGAAUAAAUGGAAGUGCAAAUGAGCUGAGGCUAUUUUUGUGGUCAGCUGAGGAUGCUGCCAAGAGCUCUGCUGUGUGCCUGUGGUGCGGGAUGUGAAGAGCAGCUGGGCACUCCAUGGAUGGUACCCCCUUCUCGACAUUUUUAAACAAGCACAAAUGAUAUUUGUAAAAAGAAAAAAAGUUUAAUUUUAUUUAUUAUGGUAAUAAACUAUUUUAUACGUGA